AUGAGCGAGGAAACGUCGUCAACCACAAGUACGAAUCCGCCAUCAGGUUUAAUAAUGGAUACAUCAGAUUCGGGGGAUUCCCCGAUAACGAACCAGUCAAGCUUCUCAAUUACAGACUUGGCGACACAGAGUCAGAGUAGAAAUCCAUUUAGACAGUCACCACUGUUAAAUCCAUUUUCAAAGGGAGAAGAAUCAUUGAAUCAACUGCAGCCGGGUCCACCACAGUACAAUGAACUAGAAUGCAGUGACACAAGUCUAGACCAAAAGACUGACAUAUCCAAUGUUGAGCUUCUAAAGUAUCCAUUCAAAACGAUAAAUCGUAUACUCGAUGAUUUGAAAUGGACCGUACCAAUGAAGGACAAGUUAGAAAUCAGCUUAUUGAAUAGCAAACCUAUAGAGUAUGCAUUUCCCUUGAGCCAGCUUGUCAAUUCAAGCCACUUUAGCUUUCAAACCUUGAUAUUGAAUGAAUUUAUAGACUAUUGCCCAUCGGUGGAGGAACGGAAGAUAGAAGAAACGAACCAAAUUGUUCGAGUUGUUCGUGGUAUAUUGGUCAGCAGAGAUCAAAUGUGUUUUCAUUUCAGAUUAGUAGCUCUUGAAGAUGCACCCAAAUUUAGCAUUGGAAAUAUUGUAGACAAGCACCAAUGGCAUGUUAUCCCACAGGGGCUAACAUCCACACAUGAUUUGAAAUUAUUGUUGGGAGAUUACAACGAACAAGAUAAAGUGAUAGAUGAUGCUUUCUUUAAAAGCCUAAAUUCACCCCACAACCAACUACUUAGACUAACUAUCUUCCAACCGGAAUUUACUACAGAGGAGUUGGACCUGCUCACAAAUGAAAGUGUUAUCAAAAGUAGGUAUUUGUCUACUUUUGAACGCCACUCCGGAUUAACAAGCGACUUAGUACCAUCUCCCUUGAAUUGUAUAAGUACAUUGAUUAAGGUUUUGAGAGGUCCUAUCGAAUACAAACAGACACCGCAACGAACCAUUAGCUUGAAGAAUACAAAGAUGGAGACCUUUAUCGAUACCAACCUUUUGCUUGAUAAGCUUUCUUUCAACUUGAAUGAAGAGCAAGACACUGUUGUUCCUCCACUACUCUCCGAAUCACCAGCAUUGGAAGAGUCUUUUAUGAGAAAGAUUCUUGAAUUAAUCUACAUUGGAAGAAGUUUGUUUGCAGAAAAGAAUGAUUUUCGUCUAAAUUACUCAUUUUCGGAUAAUAUGUCUAGAGUAUUUGGUAUGGUUGCAGAGUACGACAAAUCAGCUAGCAUUUCUAACUACAACAAUAACUUGACCAAUAAGUUUCCAUCCUUUAUUACAUUGAGUGCAUCUACCUUUUUCCAAGAAGAGUUACUUGUCAAAUGCUUUGAGCUAUCGGUACAAUCCGAUCCCGUGAACAAGUUGCACUAUGUUGAUGCUUUGAAAGAUGUGAGCAACUUCGUCGCAAGCUCGUCACGAAUCAAUAAAUUGAAUGCAUACUUGAAUAAACUCUCACAAAGUGGAGAGUUUGUUGGUUUUAAAGAUUAUAUCACUUCAUUGCAAACAUUGGGUGUUGUUAUUGAUCCUAACACACCAGCUGAUUCAAUUGAUGAUGAUGUCAUAAUUGCAAUGUACAAAGAUCAGUGUUCAAGUGAUCCAAAAAAUUACCAGUACUUCAACAACCACUUAAAGAUAGUAGCUUAUGCUAAAGGUUCUCAAAUGUUGAAGAACUUCCUCGCCAAUGAAGUCAUACCUAUGCAUUUGGCGUUACUGGAGCUUCAAGUGGAGGAAAUCACAGAGGAUGACGUUGUUGUCACUGCAUACGAGUUCAAGGCAGAUGAUUUGUUACAACAAAACGGAUUUAAUGCAGAUGCCAAUGAAAUAAUCUUUUUAAACAGGGCACUAGUAUCUGUAGCAAUCAACAGGAGAAGCUACAUUUUGCUAAAUUAUUUGGAGACAAAACUACCUGAGUAUGUAAAGGUUCCUGCAUUGGAACAGAUGACGGUUUCCAAGGCGUAUGAGUUUCUCAAUGCUGACAAAAAGACUUCUGAAUUUGAGAUCAUCAACAACUUUCAAAACAAAGCUUUGGCGAAUGAUGUGGAUAUUCGUGAAUUGAGAUAUGCUAUGAAGACAAUUGCUGAAUUCAGGAAAUCGGAGAUUUUGAUAAACUUUGUCAAGACUGGCAAAAUUGAUUCGUCGUUGUUACCAGCGGAGAAUUGGCCAGCCGGGUUGGAUAAUAUUGGGAACACUUGUUACUUGAAUUCGUUGUUACAGUAUUAUUUUUGCAUCAAGCCAUUGCGUGAUUUGGUUUUGAGUUUUGACGAAGACGAUUUCGAUUUGGAUGAGUUUUCAAAGAGUAGAAAGAUUGGGGGACGAAGUGUUGAGCCUCUGGAAAUACCCCGCUCUAACCAGUUUAUUUACCAGUUGAAAAGAUUAUUUGAGCAAAUGAUUACCACCGAUAAGAGGUGUGUCCAACCUAGUAAAGAGUUGGCUUAUUUAUCAUUCUUGCCGAUGUCUCAACCCGUGAACUUUAAGGAGAGGACUCGAAGUCGGGAAAGUACUACAGACAGCACUACAUUCGGCACCGCAGAUGCUGCAGACGAUGACGGAGAUAUCAAAAUUGAGGGGAAUGAUAGCGUGGUCGAAAGUGUUGAUGCAGAAGUCGGAAACGAGGAGACUGAUAGUAGCAUGGCUGAAAAGGUAGAUGAUCCAUUCAAAGAAAAAAAUGAGACAACAAUUGAUGAUGGAGCUAAAAUCAAAACUGACGACGAGGAAGUCAAAAUUGAGUCACGUAUGAUUGGGGAUCUGGUUAGUACAGACAAAUUUAUUGAAGAUAUCGAAACUCCAGGAUCUACGGCCUCUGUUGUUUCAGAAACUGGUAUGAACUCAAAAAUCUUGGCUAUAUCAACUGAUGAGAUUGAGAGCACAAUUGAGAUAGGUCGGCAGCAGGAUGUUACUGAAUGUAUUGAAAAUGUUAUAUUCCAAAUUGAACUGGCUUUACCGCCCACUUAUUUAGACAAUGACGGCGAGCAGUACGAUUUGAUCAAGAAGCUAUUUUAUGGAAAAACAAAGCAAACAAUACAGCCAUUGGAAUCGACUGAUGCCAAGACUUCACAAGCUAGGGUAUUGACAGAACGUUUCAACAGCUUGAUUAUCAAUGUCAGUGACCACCCAAAGAGCAUCUAUGAUGCAUUAGACAAUUACUUUAAUGAAGAUACUGUGAAACUCGAGGAAGGUUUAGCGAAGAAGUCAAUCACCAUUACUGAGCUUCCUCAAAUUAUGCAAUUCCAUGUACAACGAGUAAUGUUUGAUAGAGAGAAGUUGAUGGCAUAUAAAAGUAUCGAGCCAAUUCCGUUUAGUGAAAAGAUAUAUCUUGACCGAUACUUGGAUACUGAAGAUGAAGUUAUUUUAACAAAGCGGGCUGAAGUGUUUCAAUGGAAGAGAGAACUUGCAGAGUUGACUAGUAAAAAGAAUGAGAUAGUGUCAAUAGAUGAAGAUGCUUCAAUGAACAUCAUUGACAUCUUGAUUACAACCAAGGCAUUUUUGGAGAAGAAGGUGAGAGAUGAUGACAAGCUAUCAGUGGAGCAAACAACAGUUCAAGUUUUGUCCAAUCAAAUAACUAACUUGAAAAAUCAAAUUGAGGAAAUUGAUUCUAGAAUUGUCCGAAUUCAACAACAAAUCAGCACUCAAUUUGACAAUUACAAGCAAGUUGGAUAUUCGAUAUUUGCGAUUUUCAUUCAUCGAGGUGAAGCAAGUUAUGGCCAUUAUUGGAUAUACAUCAAGGAUCCUCAUCAGAAUAACAUUUUUAGAAAAUACAAUGAUGAAUUGGUUACUGAAGUGCCAGACUCUGAAGUGUUUAAUUUCCUUGAAGGAAACACAGCAACUCCAUACUAUAUUGUCUAUGUUAAGAAUGAUUUAGAAAAGGAUUACAUUAAUCCUUUAAAUAGAGUAAUUAACUGUAAUGAAUGUUGA